GCAUACAGUAUUAUUUUUCCAGACCUGUUUCCAUCACUGGACGAACAUCAUGUCCCAGAAUGCUUCACGCCACAUGCGCCGGAUACGGCGUCACCGAAGAGCCGAGUUAAAGGGUGAGGUUGUGCGUUAUGGCUAAUGCAAUAAUAAUAAUAAUAUUAUAAUAUGCCCACCGUGGGAAUACGUCCCAGCUCGGAGUUUGUUAUUUGACCCGAUAGCCCGCGGCUGAAUAAGCUGUUACUGGGUGUAGUCUGCCUUCACCUGCACCUGUUUACACGCUGAGCCAUGGAGAGAGGUGUCAGACAUCAAUAACCAGGGAUUGGAAACAUUCUAUCAUUAGAACGGCUGGCUGCCUCUACCCAAUCACCUGCUGGUACAUAUUCACAUAUCAGAUGCCCAGCUGUUACAUAGCCACAUUUAUUAACCCCUUAAGGACACAUGGCAUGUCACGAUUCCCUUUUAUUCCAGAAGUUUGGUCCUUAAGGGGUUAAAGAAAGAAAUCCUACAGAGAGGGAUCAAGAAGCCUGGGCUUACUUAUUAUUUAUACUUAGUGUUGACAUAUGUACUAUGUGUCCCCACCUGGACACACACACACACAUUGUUGUUAUUAGCAUUUAUAUAGCUGGUCAUGAUAAUAGGCAACACUUGAAAUGUGGGCACUAUAAUAAUAAUAUAUGUGUAAUAUGCUGAGGCAGAGAAGACAUGGGCACUGUAACAAUAAUAAUUAUUAUAUACGUGUAAUAUGCUGAAGCAGAGGUAAGUGUGCCAGAGCAGGAACCAUUGUACAGUGCUGCAGCACUAUUAGUUGGCGAUUGAUAAAUAGUAGUAACUACCUUGAUUUAUUAAUGGGUUUCUCUACUAUGGAAUGCUACAUACUACAGCUUAGUAUCUUUCUUUGCUUGCCUACCACUAUGAAGCAGUGAUGUCCACAAAAACAUUGCAUCUAAGUAUAGCGUGCUGAAUAUUCUUACUAUAUUCUGUGCUAACUGUCCUCUUUCUCAGAUGCUGUCAGCACGUUGAUACAGAGUCAACGAGAAAGCCAUGGAUAACCGCUUUGCAACAGCUUUGGUGAUCGGUACCAUGUUGUCUCUUCUGUCUGUGAUCUAUCUCUCAACAGCAGUGGGGACAGUGUCAUGGUAUCACUACUUUACACCGACGGUCCUUUUAAACUUAAGCGAGGGUGCAGCUACUGAGUUCAGUAGUGAUGGUGAAAAAAUAGAUGAGAAAACGUAUACUGAUGCUCUGUUUCACUGCAAUGGCAGUCUUGGUCUUUGGCAAAUAUGCAUCAAUACCCAGCACACUUCAGACCAGCAAUAUGGUAAGUACCAUCAACUGCACCUUUCUUAUCAGAGUUUGACCAUCACGUCUCUUGAGUAAUUUACUGUUUUUGAAUAUUAUCUUUAAUGUGAGCGGUGAAAAGCACUGGCAGAUAAUCCGUUUUUCCUAAACUUGCAAAUUGAGGUAUUUGAUGGGGAUUCAUAACCCUUUAAAAAAUAGAUUUAUUUUCAUGCAUGUUAUUAAUUAAAGAUACACUAUUUGCCCUCCAUGCAUUAUGGAAAUUUUGCUGCCAAUCUGCAGCUUUUAAAAAAGAUCAGGAAAAUGAUCAAAUGUCUGUCAAUUCUGACCAUUCCAUUGCUUAUGGUGAUGCCCAUGGCCAGAUCCAAUAAAAAAACCUUCACAGGCAGGGUCUUAGUCAUAUGUAGUUUGACAUUUAGCUAUAGUUUUAUUCUUUAAUAGCCAUGAAGGCUAUUACCAUUACUUAAUAGAAACUGUAUCAACUGACCUGCGUCUUUUCAUGCAUGUUAGUGCCUGCUUUACAGAUUUUUUAAUGGAUACUUUUGUCACAGCUUGUGCAGUGUAAUUAGAAUCUGGAAGAAGUGCACAAUCAGGACAGGACCUUCAAAGUCUGGGACAUUAAUUGGUGAAGGAUGGGGAAAAGGUUACGCUGUAAUGAUCAAUAUGUAAGAAAAUGGUCUGGACUAGGUUUAUUAUACAUGAAAGAUCUUUAAAUAAAAGUAGAAAAAAAAGUAACAGUGUCUUCAUGAACUGUUUUGUUCCCUCAAAGCUGAAAACUACCUGCCUACUGCAGUAUUUCAGUGGGGUAUGUAUAUGAAAUAAAAUCUAACUGUAAAAUAAAAACAUGCAGUCACAUACACUGUAUCCCUUCCCCAUAUGGAUAUUCAUGCGUGCGGAGUCUAGUGCACCUUUAAAAGAUAGCCAUCGAAGUUCCUAGUCUCUUCAGGUUCAUUCAAAUCAUGACAACAACUUAAUUGUAAUGUAACAUAACUUGGGGAAAAAAAACAGGUUGCCAUUGAAAGCUAACGCUGGUGAAGUUACUGCUUUAUAUGGAACAAACUGUAAACAAACACACUAUAACCCAAAAUGAGCACCAGUCAUAAAUAAUAAUAAAAGAGAAAAAAAGUAUAAAACUAAUUUACCCUUUAAACUCAAUGUAGAUUAUGAGAGAUCCCUCAAUAUCUUUAGAAUAAACAUCUCUUCUAAAAAGAUAAAACACAAGACAAGAGGGCCAUAAAUAGUGUAAUAAAUUACAGGACCGUAUAGGAUUUUGGGGUAUAUUGCACUUGCAAACUUUUUUUUUUUUUUUUUUUUCAUUUACCCUCAAAGAAAACAUACAUUCAUUCAUGCAUGCGUGUUUUCUUUUUGGGUAUAUCUACUAAUUGUUUAAAAUAUAAUUCUAAUGGAGUGCUCCUUUAAUAGGCUAACAGGGUUGAACUGCAGGUUUCUGACGGUGUGUUUUGCUUGGUCAUCAUGCAUCACUGUCUACUUUUCUAACCUCACCACAAGAUUUAACCUGUGUGGAUGUUCUUAAUGUGUCACAUGUACUUAAUAUUGUAUUAAUCCCUAUUUCCUACUAUUAACAUGUCACAUCUUUGCUACACUUACUUUCCCAUUUAAAACUGACAAUACCUUGUAUACCAAAACCUGCUUAAUAAAAAUGUACCACUACUAUUUAAUUACUUGUACAUUUUUAUGAUCCAACAUUUAUCUCUGCAUUACAGAAGGAUCUAAGUCACACUGUAUUGUUCUGUCAUUUUCUGAUCAAUUUUUGGAGAAAUACAAAGAACCAGGAAACCACAACACUGAUAUCGACAUAGUGCGAACGUGUAAGUAACUAUGAGUGGGUUUACUACUACAAACUACUUACUAUAUAGCUUGGACGAAAACAAGUUAAGUGACUUUUUAUACAAAAUAGACAAAUUCGUUUCAGCUGGCUUAAACAAAUCAAAUUGCUUUUUACUGUACCCCCCAAAAAAAUCAGUCUAGCCGGGAUUUACCUGUGGAGUCUUAUUUAAUAAAGACCACCGAUACAUUCAAUACAUCAUGUCACAAAGCUACAUAAUGUAUUCAUUGUAAAAUUUAGAUAUAUCAAUCAUCAUACUUACGUUCCUCUGCUGCCAUUUCCUCCGGUCCUCCCACAGUCUGUCUGUUCCCUUAUUUCAUGUGCCUCUUAUGUGACGCCAACAUGUUGUUACGCCACUCCUGGCUAUACUUCCUAGCCAGUGCUAUCAGCGUCCACUAGGGAGUUUGGAUAGCUACCACAUCGCAUAGUAUGCUUGGGAGAGCAGAAAGACUUCCUAUUUUUUUGCAAUUUUUUUAAUGCGCUCCCUUGUCACUCAAAUCGUCAGCAUAGAGUCUAUCUCAAAGAUUUGGCAGAAGUGUGAGAGAGAACUAUUUCUAAAAAAAAGUGUUUCUCCGAAUCUGUACAUUUUCUAGCUAAUCUGCCAGCACAAUGUAAAAUCUUUUUCUCUUUAAAAGUUAUAUAAGUUUAUAAGUUCUGGGGGGAAGGUUGCUCUUUAAAGGGAAUUUGAUGUGUUCAAACUAGGUGAAACGCAAUUGUGCACAAGUCUAAUACACAACAUAGUUUGAUAGAGGCCCCAAAAUUACCUAAUUUCCUACUUAAAAGCAUGUCUUUUGGUUUCAUAAAAUAAGAUAUGCAACAGAUAAUAGAAAAAAAAUACUACAAACAUUAACUUUAUGGCAUAUCAUUUUAUGAAUUCGUCUACAGGUAGGCUAACUUAUUAAGAAUACCAUCACAUAUUUCAAAGAAAAUGUAACAGACUGCACAUUUUGGCUAGUAUUUUUAGUCCUAUUUUAUUUGUUGUAUAAAGUAUUGAGACAGAAUAAUUUAUUUUCUCUCAGACCUGUGGCGCUGUCAGUUUUUGCUUCCAUUGGUGGCACUUGGACUUAUAUUUUUUGGUGCCAUUGUUGGAUUUGCUGGCUGUGUGUGUCGGAGUCUGUACCCAGCCCUUGGCACAGGGACUCUUCACUUACUGGCUGGUGAGUAUAUACGAGUUCAGCUUAGCUCCCUUAUGUUUCUAUUUCUUCCUGUAUCUGAUGCUGCCUAUUAUUGUGUUCUCUGUGCCCAUUCCUUUACUGCUUUCUUGGUGUAUCACAAUUUCUUUUUUUUUUCUUCACACGACCUGAACUCUUAUUGUGUUUUCUCUCUCUCACAUCCUUGGUCCCGUCACAUCCUUUUUCCUGCAGGUGUGUGCACACUGGGCUCGGUUCUUUGUUUCUCCCAAGGGGUUCGGAUGCUGCAGGAAAAAAUGCCCCUUCCAUCAGGGAUACGGGGAGAGUACGGCUGGUCUUUCUGUUUGGCUUGUGUCUCCUCACCCCUGCAGAUCAUGGCUGGAGCACUUUUCUUGUGGGCAUCUCGAGCUAGCCGUCGAGAAUACUCUUUAAUGAAAGCUUACCGUGUAGCAUGAGUGGACAGAUACAUGGAAUCUUGGUAGUGGGAGACUUGCAAACAUUUUGCUGUAUAUGUGGGUUUUGAAAUACACAUAGGUGGCAGAUAUUUUGGCUUGUCAGCGAUAUUUAUAUGUUUUGAAUACAGCAGAAACUUCCUACGGUGCAGCAGCUAUUUAUUAAUGAUUUAGAUCAGUGCUGUCCAACAUCUUUGUUGUAGAGUUUGGAUUUCUUUUGGCUUACAUUGACUCAUUACAAAUAUUCAACACCCUGCCCUGGUCUGAUUUCCUUAGCUUUCCUCGUAAUCAGUGGUGGCUGGUGACAUUUUAAAUUGGUGGGGCGCCAGACUGACUAGACAUAUGCAUUUGACUCUGCUCAUAUAUAUAUAUAUAUAUAUAUAUAUAU